GGGCCUCUUCCUGGGUCAUUCCUGGACCGGGAGCCGGGCUGGGGCUCACACGGGGGCUCCGGCGUGGACGACUCGGCGCCUGCGUGACCUCCCCGCCGGCGGAAUGUGGCGACUACGUCGGGCCGCUGUGGCCUGUGAGGUCUGCCAGUCUUUAGUGAAACACAGCUCUGGAAUAAAAGGAAGUUUACCACUACAAAAACUACAUCUGGUUUCACGAAGCAUUUAUCAUUCACAUCAUCCUACCUUAAAGCUUCAACGACCCCAAUUAAGGACAUCCUUUCAGCAGUUCUCUUCUCUGACAAACCUUCCUUCACAUAAACUGAAAUUCUCUCCAAUUAAAUAUGGCUACCAGCCUCGCAGGAAUUUUUGGCCAGCAAGAUUAGCUACGAGACUCUUAAAACUUCGCUAUCUCAUACUAGGAUCGGCUGUUGGGGGUGGCUACACAGCCAAAAAGACUUUUGAUCAGUGGAAAGAUAUGAUACCGGACCUUAGUGAAUAUAAAUGGAUUGUGCCUGACAUUGUGUGGGAAAUUGAUGAGUAUAUCGAUUUUGAGAAAAUUAGAAAAGCCCUUCCUAAUUCAGAAGACCUUGUAAAGUUAGCACCAGACUUUGACAAGAUUGUUGAAAGCCUCAGCUUAUUGAAGGACUUUUUUACCUCAGGUCACAAAUUGGUUAGUGAAGUCAUAGGAGCUUCUGACCUACUUCUCUUGUUAGGUUCUCCGGGAGAAACGGCGUUUAGAGCAACAGAUCAUGGAUCUGAAAGUGACAAGCAUUUUAGAAAGGGUCUGCUUGGUGAGCUCAUUCUCUUACAACAACAAAUUCAAGAGCAUGAAGAGGAAGCGCGCAGAGCUGCUGGCCAGUAUAGCACGAGCUAUGCCCAACAGAAGCGCAAGGUGUCAGACAAAGAGAAAAUUGACCAACUUCAGGAAGAACUUCUGCAUACUCAGUUAAAGUAUCAGAGAAUCUUGGAACAAUUAGAAAAGGAGAACAAAGAAUUGAGAAAAUUAGUAUUGCAGAAAGAUGACAAAGGCAUUCAUCAUAGAAAGCUUAAGAAAUCUUUGAUUGACAUGUAUUCUGAAGUUCUUGAUGUUCUCUCUGAUUAUGAUGCCAGUUAUAAUACACAAGAUCAUCUGCCACGGGUUGUUGUGGUUGGAGAUCAGAGUGCUGGAAAGACUAGUGUGUUGGAAAUGAUUGCCCAAGCUCGAAUAUUCCCGAGAGGAUCUGGGGAGAUGAUGACACGUUCACCAGUUAAGGUGACUCUCAGUGAAGGUCCUCACCAUGUGGCCCUAUUUAAAGAUAGUUCUCGGGAGUUUGAUCUCACCAAAGAAGAAGAUGGAAGUGAACUUGCAGCAUUAAGACAUGAAAUAGAACUUCGAAUGAGGAAAAAUGUGAAAGAAGGCUAUACCGUUAGCCCUGAGACCAUAUCCUUAAAUGUAAAAGGCCCUGGACUACAGAGGAUGGUGCUUGUUGACUUGCCAGGUGUGAUUAAUACUGUGACAUCAGGCAUGGCUCCUGACACAAAGGAAACUAUUUUCAGUAUCAGCAAAGCUUACAUGCAGAAUCCUAAUGCCAUCAUACUAUGUAUUCAGGAUGGAUCUGUGGAUGCUGAACGCAGUAUUGUUACAGACUUGGUCAGUCAAAUGGACCCUCAUGGAAGGAGAACCAUAUUCGUUUUGACCAAAGUAGACCUGGCAGAGAAAAAUGUAGCAGUCCAAGCAGGGGUAAGGCCUGCCAUGAUUCAGCAGAUAAUUAAAGGAGAGCUCUUCCCAAUGAAAGCUUUAGGUUAUUUUGGUGUUGUAACAGGAAAAGGGGAACAGCUCUGAAAGAUUGAAGCUAUAAGAGAAUAUGAAGAAGAGUUUUUUCAGAAUUCAAAGCUCCUAAAGACAAGCAUGCUAAAGGCACACCAAGUGACUACAAGAAAUUUAAGCCUUGCAGUAUCAGACUGCUUUUGGAAAAUGGUACGAGAGUCCGUUGAACAACAGGCUGAUAGUUUCAAAGCAACACGUUUUAACCUCGAAACUGAAUGGAAGAAUAACUAUCCUCGCCUGCAGGAACUUGACUGGAAUGAACUAUUUGAAAAAGCUAAAAAUGAAAUCCUUGAUGAAGUUAUCAGUCUGAGCCAGGUUACACCAAAACAUUGGGAGGAAAUCCUUCAACAAUCUCUGUGGGAAAGAGUAUCAACUCAUGUGAUUGAAAACAUCUACCUUCCAGCUGCACAGACCAUGAAUUCAGGAACUUUUAAUACCACAGUGGAUAUCAAGCUUAAACAGUGGACUGAUAAACAGCUUCCUAAUAAAGCAGUAGAGGUUGCUUGGGAGGCCCUACAAGAAGAAUUUUCCCGCUUCAUGACAGAACCCAAAGGGAAAGAGCAUGAUGACAUAUUUGAUAAACUUAAAGAGGCCGUUAAGGAAGAAAGUAUUAAACGACACAAGUGGAAUGACUUUGCGGAGGACAGCUUGACGGUUAUUCAACACAAUGCUUUGGAAGACCGAUCCACAUCUGAUAAACAGCAGUGGGAUGCAGCUAUUUAUUUUAUGGAAGAGGCUCUGCAGGCUCAUCUCAAGGAUACUGAAAAUGCAAUUGAAAACAUGGUGGGUCCAGACUGGAAAAAGAGGUGGUUAUACUGGAAAAAUCGGACCCAAGAACAGUGUGUUCACAAUGAAACCAAGAAUGAAUUGGAGAAGAUGUUGAAAUGUAAUGAGGAGCACCCAGCUUAUCUUGCAAGUGAUGAAAUAACCACAGUUCGGAAGAACCUUGAAUCCCGAGGAGUAGAAGUAGAUCCAAGCUUGAUCAAGGAUACUUGGCAUCAAGUUUAUAGAAGACAUUUUUUAAAAACAGCUCUAAACCACCGUAGCCUUUGUCGAAGAGGUUUUUAUUACUACCAAAGGCAUUUCGUAGAUUCUGAGUUGGAAUGCAAUGAUGUGGUCUUGUUUUGGCAUAUACAGCGCAUGCUUGCUAUCACCACAAAUACUUUAAGGCAACAACUUACAAAUACUGAAGGUAAGCUAUUAGAGAAAAAUGUUAAAGAGGUAUUGGAAGAUUUUGCUGAAGACGGUGAGAAGAAGAUUAAAUUGCUUACUGGUAAACGCGUUCAGCUGGCAGAAGACCUCAGUAAAGUUAGGAAAAUUGAAGAAAUGAAAAAGGAGCUCACAUGAUUUUGUCUCAGGAGAGGCUCUUCCAGGAUUCUUUGGAGAUACGGUGGAUUCCAUAGCUGGAGGAGGGAAGGGACAGGAUGAGCCUGUGGGUGUAGAAAGGAAGUGAGUGUUUGAAAGAUGAUGAGAUGUCAGCAGGUCACAGAAACCCUCUGAAGGAGGCUCCAACUGGCCAGGCUGGGGACAAUUUGGGCCCCAAAAUAAUGACAGUAACAAAUUGUAACUCAUUGAACGAAAUAGGAAUCCAUACAUUGGUAAUUACAUAAAUAAGGGAAUAAAACCAUUGAUGCAAAAAGGGAUGUUUAUGUCAUCACACAAAAUAUGUUCUCAGAAAAUAUGUACUAAUUACAAGAGGGAAAACAGUAACUUUACAGUGGAUGAAGCCUGGCAGGUGGUCAGAGUUAAUAUUAUCAGUAAUGGUCAGAUCAAAACCAUAUGCCAUCCUCUAAAAUGCAAGAAGAUCCCUGAAGUAAAUAUUUAUAUAGGUUGAACAUCCCUAAUCCAAACAUCUGAAAUUCUCCCAAAUCUGAAACUUUCUGAGCACCAACAUCACAUUCAAAAGAAAUGUGCUAUGGAGUCAGAUCUUCCCAUUAGGGAUGCUCAGACAGUAAGUAUAAUACAAAUAUUCCAAGGUCCGAACAAGCCCGAAAUCCAGAACACUUCUAGUCCCAAGGAUUUCAGAGAAGGAAUACUCAAGCCGUGUAUUAAAUAUGCACACACAGGAAAAGGUAGGCACAGAUACAAAGAAAUUUAAACCAUAAUGGGUCAUCUCAAGUUAGUGAGCUCUUAUUUCAAUCUCUUUGUACUUUCUAAAAUGAGUAUGUAUUUCUUGAAAAAUCACUGAAACUGGCUGGGCGUGUUUGUUCAUGCCUGUUGGGGAGGCCAAGACAGGUAGAUCACCUGAGCUCAGGAGCUCAAGACUAGCCUGGGCAACGUGGCAAAACCCCAUCUCUACAAAACAUACAAAAAUUAGCCAGGCAUGGUGGCAUGUGCCCGGGAGGCUGAGGUGGGAGGAUCACCUGAGCCGGCGGGAGGUUGAGGCUGCAGUGAGACGAGAUCGAGCCACCACAUUUCAGCCUGGGCAACAGAGAUGAGACUCUAUCUCAGACAAACAAAAACAAAACAAAAAACCCAAACCCGGAAACAUUAAAAAUAGACUUGUGCUAAGCGAGUGAAGUGUGAUUUCUAUACACUACCAGGAAGUGGCCUUCAUGAUAAAUCCUGAAAAUGACCUACUGCCUGAAUCACAGACACACUAGAUGAUAGUGAGAGUCCAAAGGUAACCUCCACAGACACGGCUAAAUGAUUAUACGACUAUCUCUUACAAGCUAUGAAAAGCUUAAGGGUAAAAGCUUUCUAUCUUCAUUAUUUCUGAAUCUCAAUGCCCAACGGAAAUGCCACACGGGUGAACUGCGCUUGUGUGGAACAAGGCUGCAACCCCCCUACCACACCCUCGGCUGGCUGUUCCCAGGAUGCUGCUUACCACAGCCCCUCCUCAAUUCCUUUUCUUCUUUCUUUCUUUUUUUUUUUUUUUUUUUAAGAGACGGAGUCUCGCUCAGUCGCCCAGGCUGGAGUGCAGUGGCGCCAUCUCGGCUCACUGCAAGCUCUGCCUCCCGGGUUCAUGCCAUUCUCCUGCCUCAGCCUCCUGAGUAGCUGGGACUAAAGGCGUCCACCACUAUGCCCGGUUAAUUUUUUUGUAUUUUUAGUAGAGACGGGGUUCCCCUCCUCAAUUUCUGCCCUUCUCUGCUUGCUCAGUGCCCAGGGGAUGCUAAGGGCUGCACCACAUCCCCUCAGCUCGCCUGCAGACGCUUCCAGUUGGCCCAGCCCAUGAGAGGAGAGGGGAGGGGUCUCUUCCGGGCUCCCUUGGCAUGGGACUGGUUUCUGGUAGUGGCUGUGUCCCCACCCCACAGAUGCUGACUUUCUCGCUAGGUCCACAAUCAUCUCCUCCCCUGCCACCAGGCCUUGGACACUUGCUCCUGCCCAGGGACUUCCAUCUGGCCCACAUCAUGGAGCAACGCUUCCUUAAGGCUCCUCUGAACCACCUGCAGGCACUGGAUUCUGUCUCCAGCCCGAAGCCUGACUGCGUCAGAGUGCCUUUUUCAGUGGUGCCUCAAAUCUGUCAGGAGUUGAUUUAAAUCUGGCCUGCUCCUCUCCGUUCACCAUCAGCAAGGCCGGCCUGCAGACCUGGGUGGGGCCGUGUGGGUGCUGGGCUAUGGUGAGAACGAGCUCCACACUGACC